GCCUUCGUUCACCCGAAUCGGGGUAUCCCGCGCCCCAAGCUUACGCCUUUCCGCCCGAAGACUGGGGUGAGGCUCUGCUUUACUACAUAUCAAGAACCCCACACCGGUGUCGGGUAUUGAAUUAUGCUACUCGGGGUGAACAGAAAUAGACAGUUGGCAACCUGCGGUGAUGUGAAGACCUUUCGUAAACAUGAAACGCGGGGGCUUGCAGCGUUCAUAAUGCUCUUGUGUGCUUAUCACACACCACUCCAUCAUUGGAAUGCUCGUAAGCCGCAGCAUAUAGGGUGUGAUCGAAAUCGAGCGUAUCGCCAACAGAAAGCUAUGCUCCCGAACCCCCCCCCCAACUCCCUCUUUUUCCCUCCCCGUUCCCGACUUUUCCCCUGCUCUGGUUAUGCUAUUAACACAGACAUGUAGACAAGACUUGAACCUGCUCAGUGAAAUAACUUCCUAGCAGAGUAAUCAUGGCUUAACCAAUAUCCCGAGGAUAUCCAUGUAUCGAAGACGGAAACGUGCUUAUGCGCCAUUAACUCGCCGUAUGACGCGGCUUCUGCCAUUUACUACUACUUCAUGCUCUCCUUUCUGAGGACCUGGACAUCUCGAAAUUACCGACUUUAAUACUCGACAUUCGAUUUUGCUUCUGGGUUGCGUAUGUCGAUAUGGCUCGCAGUCACAAAUAUGCUCUCGUCACUGGAUGCGGCCAAGGCGGGAUUGGCGAGGCACUGGUCACCGAGUACACACGCCGCGGCGUCCAUGCCAUAGCUACGGUACUGCCCACAGAGGCGAGCGACCAUCUGACCAAGGCUGGCAUUACCUUCUUCCCUCUCGACGUUACCGUCGAGGCCUCGGUCACACAAUUGAAGGCUAGCGUGCAAGAGUUGACGGGAGGAUACUUGGAUGUUCUCGUGAACUGUGCUGGCAUAGCAUACACCAUGACAGCCAUCGAUACCGACGUUGUCGCCGUGCAACGGAUGUUCGAUAUCAACGUGUUUGGGCCCAUGCGCAUGGUGCAUCACUUCCAUGGCAUGAUUAUCAAAGCCGCCGGCGCCAUCGUGAACAUCGGGUCUAUUGGCGGAGUCAUACCAUAUCUAUACGGAGCAUCGUACAAUGCUACUAAAGCCGCGCUCCAUCACUGGUCGAACACCCUCCGUGUAGAGAUGUCGCCCUUCAAUGUCAAGGUCAUCACGGUCAUCUCAGGGGAAGUGAGCACGAACAUCUUGAAGAACGACGCGCAUAGGGCGCUCCCAGAAGGAUCUUAUUAUUCUCCUCUGGCUGAGAAUUUCCGACUGCACGUCACACGAACUCCAGCUGGUGCUACGGAUCGCUUCCAGUACGCCACAAACGUUGUUGCUGAGAGCCUCAAAGCGUCUCCUAGCGCGUGGUUUUGGUAUGGAAGCUUCACUCGCAUGAUUCGUUUCCUCGAUACCUUUGGCUGGCGAACUGUCUGGGACUCCAUGCUGUGGGGGAUGUUUGAUCUGGGGAAGCUGAAGCAAGCGUACGAAUCCGAAAUUAAAAAUAAACGGGAUUGA